GCUGAACUAGGGUUUGUUAAAAUCGUGACUGAACAGCGUCUGCCGGACGUAUCUUACGUACCUACAGUGGAUAUACGUCACUCGGGGAGUCUUCUUUCGUGCAAAAAGUCAAAGAUAAAUUUUAUGCACAUAUUCAUAAUUUGCCGGCCAAACAAUUUCGUACGACAAAGGAGGCGUAAUAGACGUUUUAAAAAGCUAAAUAGACUUCGGUAUAAUUUGUGUAUACCUACCUAACAUGGUAUGAAUAUGAAUAGUGCACAGUAGUGGAAGCGUCGCCGACACAGGCGCGCCGUGCAAGGCCUGAAAACAGAUCAUUCAUUAAAAAAGUUUUUUUCUUGAUGUUUUCUUUCUUGUAAAUAAACACGGAUUCUGUUCGGAAACAUGAAUAUCAAGAUCAAGGAUAAGAAGAAAGAGGCAGCGGAGGAACAGAAAACUGUAUCAUAUUUCAAAAUAUUCAAACACGCGACAUGGUACGAGGCCCUAGCUACACUCCUCGGAGCAGCCCUCGGGUUCCUCAGCGCGGGCGGCGUCUGCAUCAACCUGGUGCUGUUCGGCGAGCUCAGCACCGCCUUCGUGCAGCGGACCGCCUUCCAGCAGCAGACUUCUAGCCGCCUGCCGCUGUUGAGCUUGUUUGGGGGUGGAAGGAUUUUAUCCAACGCGUCCAACGCGGAGAACAUGGCGGCCCUCAUGGAGGACGGCGCGGCCAUCGGCGUGGGCAUGGCGGCCACCGUGGUCGUCUCCAUGGCGCUCUGCUACCUCUCCGUGAAGCUCAUCAACUGGAGCGCGUUUCGGCAGAUCAAGCGGAUCCGUCUGAUGUUCCUGAAGGCCAUUCUCCGGCAGGACAUGUCCUGGUUCGACACCGACACCAGCUUCAACCUCGCCUCCCGGAUGUCCGAAGACAUAAUAAAGCUGAAAGACGGCAUGGGCGAGAAGAUCGGUGUAGUCGCCAACCUGGUGGGCACGGCGGUGAUCAGCUUCUGCCAGGCCUUCCCGCUGGGCUGGGAGCUCACGCUGACCUGCAUGAGCGUACUGCCCUUCUCUGUGGCUGCUGCUGUGGCGUUGUCUAAUUACCAAACUCGGUCUUCAACGAAAGAGAUGAACGCAUUCAGUAAAGCCGGGAAACAAGCUGAAGAAGUAUUGAAGUCAGUGAGAACCGUCGUAGCCUUCGGAGGAGAAGAUAAGGAAGUAGAAAGAUACAAGGGCCUGCUAGAACCGGCAGAGACGUACGGUUGCAAGCGAGGACUGUACAACGGGCUCGGUACCGGCUUCAACUGGCUGCUCACCUUCACCGUCAAUUCCAUCGGCCUCGCGUACGGCACCCGGCUGGUCAUGAACGAUGUACUGAAGCCGCCUGAAGAGAGGGAUUAUAUCGUUGGAAAUGUCUUUAGUAUUCUCUUCAGCGUGUACAUGGCGACUCAGUCCAUAACCUUCUGCGUGCCUCACGGGGAGACCUUCGCGGCUGCCAGGGCCGCUGCUGCCAACAUCUUCGACAUCCUUGAGAGGGAACCAGUGAUCGACAGCCUGGAUACAACUGGUCUCUGUCCAAGGAUGAUAAGAGGAGAGAUCACUAUCGAGAAUGUAGAUUUUAGCUACCCUUCUAGACCUGACGUUAAGAUUCUCAAAGGAUUCUCGUUGCAUAUAAAACCAGGUGAAACCGUGGCAUUGGUCGGAUCAUCAGGAUGUGGGAAGUCCACUAUACUUCAACUGGUUCAAAGACUGUACGAUCCUAAAUCGGGAGAUGUCAAGUUAGAUGGGAGAAGCAUCAAGUCAUUAAAUAUACAGUGGCUACGAUCCUCAAUAGGUGUGGUUGGUCAAGAACCGGUACUAUUUCACGGCACCAUUUCUGAGAACAUAUCAAUCACGGCCCCUGAAGCAACACAGGAGGAAAUUCAAAGAGUUGCCGAGAUCGCAUACGCACAUGACUUCAUAAUGAAGCUACCUGAUGGCUACAACACGGUGAUAGGCGAGCGCGGCGCGUCGCUGUCGGGCGGGCAGGCGCAGCGCGUGGCCAUCGCGCGCGCGCUGCUGCGGGAGCCCGCCGUGCUGCUGCUGGACGAGGCCACGUCCGCGCUGGACCCCGCCUCCGAGCGGCGCGUGCAGGCCGCGCUGGACCGCGCCAGCCACACACGCACCACGCUCACUGUCUCACACAGAUUAUCAACAAUCGUCAAGGCAGAUCGGAUUAUCUGCAUGGAUCAAGGAGCAAUUGUUGAAAUGGGCACUCAUGAAGAGCUGAUGAAUAAGAAAGGUGUUUAUUGGAAAUUGGUCACAACGGGUGUUGAAGUUAAAGAACCAGAUGUAAUUGAAACGGUACUCGAAGAAGAAGAGAGUGGAAAUAAAACUAAAGAAGUUGAGGCAUCAGCGAUCAGUAGAACCGAUAUCAAAAGACAUUCAAGUAAAAGACUACGCAGACGAGGCUCUGUUAGGAGAAAGUCACAUGAUUGGAUGGCACCUAGAAACUCCAUAGCGUCGGUGAUAUCUGAAGUACAAAGUACUUACUACGGUGAAGAUGAAGUGGAAGACGAUGAGGAAAUCAAACCAGUUGGUUCUUGGGAACUGCUAAAACAAAAUGGUCCUGAAUGGUUGCUGAUAGUGGUUGGAACGAUAGCUGCCUUUCUUCAGGGAGCUUGUUUCCCCGCUAUAUCUGUCAUUAUCGGUUAUGCUGUAGGGAUGUUCAACAGCUCGGACUAUGACGCAGUGGUCUCGCAGUCCAACCUGCUGGUGGGUCUGUUCAUUGCGGUGGCGGCAGUGGCAGCCGUGGCCAUGUGUCUCCAGAGCAGCACAUUCACGAGCGCCGGCCUCAAGAUGACCACCCGGCUGCGGCUGCAGUACUUUAGCAGUCUGCUUAGGCAGGAGAUGGGCUACUACGACAAGGAGGCCAACACAGUGGGCGCACUCUGCAGCCGGCUCAGCAACGAUGUGGCUGAGGUGCAGGGCGCCACCGGGCUGCGCAUCGGACUCAUCAUGCAAGGAUUCAGCUCCGUGUUCCUCGGAGCCGUCAUCGGGUUCUACUAUAAUUGGAAGAUGACGCUGGUUGGCUGCGCUUUUUUGCCGCUGAUGGUGGGCAGUAUCUGGUUCGAGGGUCGCGUGGCGCAGACCUCCGCCGAGACAGAGAGGACCCUGAUGGAGUCAGCCGCCGGCAUCGCCACUGAAGCCGUUGUCAGCAUCAAAACUGUUCAGAGUUUGGCCGUAGAAACUGUCUUCCUCUCCAGACUGCACGACAAGCUCACAUCAGCCACGGAAGCUCUGACCAUCAGCACGCGGUUCCGUGGGCUAGUGCUGGGUAUGGGCAUCUACGUGCCCUUCAUGUCGUACGUGUGCGCCGUCGUGUACGGCGUGCACCUCGUGAGCCACGAGGGGGAGAGCUACAGCGUUGUGUUGACGGUAACCCAGAGCGUGAUGUACGGGGCCUACAUGUUGGGUCACUCGCUAGUUUACGCUCCCAACUUCAACUCGGCCAAGGCAAGUGGGUCCCGGAUCCUGUCAACCAUCAACCGAGUUCCAAAGGUCAAGACCGAAGACGGAGUCAAAGAUAGGAAGGACUGGUCAGCGACCGGCAAUUUCGCGCUCAAGAACGUAGAGUUCAGCUACCCGACGCGCCCUCACAUCCGCGUCCUCAAGGGGCUCGACCUAUCGGCGGCGGCGGGCUCCAUGGUGGCGCUGGUGGGCGCCUCCGGCUGCGGCAAGAGCACCGUGCUGCAGCUGCUGCAGCGGUUCUAUGACCCGGACUCUGGGACUAUUGAGCUGGAUGGUCGUGACAUCCACUCGUCCCUUACCCUGUCUCGGCUGCGGCGGCAGCUGGGCGUGGUGCAGCAGCAGCCCGUGCUGCUGGAGCGCUCGCUGGCCGACAACAUCGCCUACGGAGACAACUCCAGGAAGGUCUCCAUGCACGAGAUCGUCGCGGCUGCUAAGCAGGCCAACAUACACAAGUUUAUUGUCUCCUUGCCACAGGGCUACAACACAAACCUGGGCUCCGGCGGCGCGCAGCUCUCGGGCGGCCAGAAGCAGCGCGUCUGCAUCGCUCGAGCGCUCAUCCGCUCGCCUCGCUUACUCCUGCUCGACGAGGCGACGUCAGCGCUCGACGCGAGCAGCGAAAAAGCUGUGUCUGAAGCGCUUGAGGCCGCAGCUAAAGGACGCACUUGUAUUACUAUAGCACAUCGACUGUCGACCAUAAGAGAUGCUGAUCUGAUUUGCGUUGUUCAUAAAGGAGCAAUCGUUGAAAAGGGAACACAUGCUGAACUCAUAAACCUGCAGGGGCUGUACUGGAAGAUGAACCAAGGACAAAAUACUACCCACUAAGAUAA